AUGCUCGACCCCGCUGGCUGGGGCGAGGACGCCCGCGCCGAUUUCGCCCCGCUCCGUGUGGGGCCGCGCCCUAAGCGCCGCCGCCGGCGCUCCCCUUUAUGGCCCUUCACGGGGGCCCGCUGCCCCCCAGGCCCACAAAGCCGGGGGGGGGGCCCCCAAGGCACCCCCAGGCGCCGGCCAAGGCCCGGGCCUAACGCCGGGCAGGCACCUCCGGCCCCCAAACGGGGCCUAAAACACCCACCCGGCUCCCCCCCCCCCCUCCAACAUGCCGGGCGACCCCCCCUUCCAAGAAGUGGCGGGCAGGGCUCAAAAAAAAGCCCAAGGCCCCCCAAGGGGUGA